AUGGCUGGACAACAACCGUCUUUCCCAUCGGGUUUCCCGGCAGCCCAGCAACAAGCGAUGAUAAACCAGUUUGGUGGCGGCCAAAUGGUGCCAGAUUUAAUGGGCCCGCAGCAAGGAGGUUUGCCAUCAGGUUUGGUAAAUCCUCAGCAAUUUGGAGCCGGAAUAGGUGGAAAUGUUGGCCCGAAUCCGAUGGCCCAGCAAGUUAUGAAUCAACAGCGUCAACAAUUAGCACAGCAAACUCUUAUGCAGCAGCAACUCCAGCAGAUACAACAACAGCAAAUGCAGUUACAGCAACAGCAACAACAACAACAACAGGCAACUCUUGUUCCUCAGAAUACUCAAGUUGUCAAUCAAGUUCAGACACCCCAGGCAUCUGUUCCUCAAAUUCAGCCUCAAGUUCCUCAGCAACAGCCUCAAGUUCCUCAGCAACUACCACAGCAACAACAACAACAACAGCAACAACAGCAGCAACAGCAAAACAAAGAAUUCAAUACUGGUAUGGAGUACACACAUAUUGAAAGCUUGAUACCUCUGAAAGAGGAGUGGGAUAUGAAGUCUGAUGAGAAAAAAACAUCAGAGCCAUAUCGACUCGCUUGUGAAGAACGUAAAGAAUUAAUUGACCAAGUCACAGCGAAAAAUCGACAUCUCAAAGAAAUAAUUGACCACUUGAGACGAAUUAUUUCCGAAAUAAAUACAAUGCUGCAUAUGCGGAGGUCUUAA